GGUUGACAGUGGACCAAUAAACACCAACCAUUAAGACCUUCGACCAGCAGGCAGCUCCGUGUUCUACUAGAGGUCUGAAGGACUGCUGAAGUCUACUGCCCGGAAGUCUGUUGAGGUCUACUGCCCGGAGGUCUGCUGAAGUCUACUGCCCAGAAGUCUACUGCCCGGACCCCGGACGUCUGCUGAGGUCUACUGCCCGAAGGUCCGCCGCUCGGAGGUCCACCGCCCGAAGACUCAGUGUCCGCCAUGCCGGGGCCCUUUCACAUCAACACCCCACUGGUGGAGAGCGUGGGCAUGUCCAGACGGCUGGGGACCACUGUCUACCUGAAGAUGGAGAGCUCACAGCCCUCUGGCUCCUUCAAGAUCCGUGGCAUCGGUCACCUCUGCCAGCAGAUGGCAAUGCAAUCCAAAGGAAUCGUGUGUUCUUCAGGUGGCAAUGCAGGUAUGGCUGCAGCUCAUGUUGCCAGAAAAAUGGGUCUGCCGGCCACCAUCAUAGUUCCCUCUUCUUCUCCACCCCUUGUUGUCCAGAAGCUGCAGGAUCAGGGAGCCACUGUGAAGAUAACAGGAGAGGUUUGGGAUGAGGCCAACACUGAGGCACUCAGACUAACGGAGACGGAAGGACUGACCUAUGUCCCUCCCUUUGACCACCCGCUUCUAUGGGAGGGCCAUUCCACUGUGAUUACAGAGAUUGCGGCCUCCAUGGGAUGGAAGCAGAAGCCUGGGGCUGUGGUUGUGUCUGUUGGGGGAGGAGGCCUCCUCUGUGGGGUCGCCCAGGGCCUCAGAGGCGUGGGCUGGGAGGAUGUACCUAUCGUUACUAUGGAGACGGUGGGAGCAGACUGUUUCAAUGCUGCAGUGAAGGCCGGGACCAUCGUCACGCUGGAGGCCAUCACAAGUGAGGCUAAAUGUCUCGGAGCAAAGACGGUUUGCAGAAAGGCGUUCCAGUACAGCCAGUCCACUGAGCAGGCCAUCAUAUCUGAACUGGUGACAGACCAGCAAGCUCUCCAUGCGGUUGAAACAUUCCUUGAUGAGGAGCGUGUGUUGGUGGAGCUAGCGUGUGGAGCGGCAUUAGCAGCGGUCUACAGCGGAGUCAUUCAGCGCCUGCAGGAUGAAGGUCGUCUGCCCAGGCCUCUGGGUUAUCUGGUGGUGAUCGUGUGCGGUGGCAGCAGCAUCAACAGGGAGCAACUGGCCAACCUCCAAAAGAAGAUCCCUCGGCCGACCUGAAGGCUUGUGUUGUAGUGGCCAAGAUUAUUCUUGGGUGUGUUGUCCUCAUAAUUUUAGUUUUGUGUCCAAAUCAUCACCCGAAAAUAAUAAACAGUCACAUUUCCUAACGGUAAUGGCUCUCGGAAAUAGCAAUAUGAAAAUGAAGUUGAGGGACCAAACCGGUUCAUUAAAGGCGACCAGCACCCAGACCAUCUGACCCUGGAGCAGGCGUAGGGUGGAGGGUUAGACCCCCAGUAGACCCCAGACCCCCAGACCCUCACACCAGUAGCCCUCAGACCAGACCCUCAGACCAGUACACCCACAGACCAGUACACCCUCAGACCCUCAGACCAGUAGACCAUCAGACCCCCAGACCCUCAGACCAGUAGACCAUCAGACCCUCAGACCAGUAGACCCUCAGACCAGUAGACCCUCAGACCCCCAGACCCUCAGACCAGUAGACCCUCAGACCAGUAGACCAGGAAAACCUCAGACCCUCAGAUGUCGUUCUGCCAGUAUCUGGCGCAGGUCACAGCUGAUUGGGUGGGUUCAGCCAGGUCCUGGGGUCACAGGUCACAGCUGACGGGGUCGGUUCAGCCAGGUCCUGGGGUCACAGGUCACAGCUGAUGGGGUCGGUUCAGCCAGGUCCUGGGGUCAUAGGUCACAGCUGAUGGGGUCGGUUCAGCCAGGUCCUGGGGUCACAGGUCACAGCUGAUGGGGUCGGUUCAGCCAGGUCCUGGGGUCACAGGUCACAGCUGAUGGGGUCGGUUCAGCCAGGUCCAGCUCCAUGCUUUCAUAAGUGAUUUGCACCUCCGCUGCUCCACUCGUAGUUGAGUCUUCCAGGUUAGCGAGGUUAGGGCAGUUGCACGGAUGGUUGACGGAUCAGCGCCCCACCUUAUGUUUACCAGUUUGCGCAGGAUGUUGUUGCGUGUGUUGACCGUGGCUUUGGUGUUCUGGAGGUAGGUUUUGAAAGAGAGCGUCCUGUCGAGUGUGACUCCGAGGUACACGGGGUGGAGUUCACCCCUUCUGAAGCGCCUCUCUCUCUCUCUCUCUCUCGCUCUCUCUUUCAUUCUCUCUUUCAUUUUGUGGAGCUCGGUAAUUGUCUGAGGAGCACAUUUGUUUCAGUUUUUUUUUUUGAGGAGGUCUGCUUAAAAAAACGGAAAUAUUGACAUAUCUAUAACUAGAGGGUGCACUGUACUGUCUGUGCACACUCUCUCUCUCGCCUGAAAAAAAUGCUCCCAUUCAAAAUGCAUUGGUUUACAUUUCCUUCUGUGUAGCACGAUAAAAGUCUGACAAUCGUGCUCUGGGACAUGAUUCAAUAGAUUAACAUUCGUGCGCAUGAGCAUGAAAUCGUAAGAAACCGGGUUGGACUUCUUUAUGUCAGGCUUUAAAUCCAACAGCAGGAAGCACAACAAAAAGAGUGGAACGAGUGAUUCCUAAAUAAUUAUGUUUGAUAGAAAACCAACUGUUUGUUUUAUGAUAAGACACAUAAAUGAUGUGAUAAAGGACACAUAAAACAAUUAUUUACAUUAAAAUGUACAGAUGUAUGAAUAUAGAAAUCAUAAAGGUGAAAGCUCUUAAUUACUGCAAGAGAAAGCUAAAAACAGAAAAUGAACUUACUUAGCAUUAUUUCUGUUUCCAUUUCAUGGUAGGCAUGCUAUUUAUUAAAAUAAAUAUUUUGUUUGCAUUUAGAGUAAGAAUUUAAAACUAUCCGUUGAACAUCUGUUUUGAUAGGAUUACGUUUUACAACUCGUUGACGACCCUUCCCCAUGCACUUCUAGCUAGGCUAGCCAUGUGCAUUUGUUUUCAAAGAAGCCGGCGAAUGCGUGGAGCCAUGUCCGAAGUAGAUGUUCAUAAAGUGUAGACAAGGUUAUACAUUUUUUUAAAUGGUGUAUUUGUAUUGCAAUAAACAUAGAUCCAGCCUUUCUUAUAGUUGACGGGGAGAAUUUAUAUCCUAGAUUAUAAUUGUUUUAUCUUUGGUUGAACAGAACAAUCAGUGUAAGAGUGUUGGCCAACAUAAUACAUAACGAUAGCACCGACAGUCGCCUCUUGGGUCCCUUAUCAGUCGAUUGAUCCAUGAUGAAUGCAACAAUUGCCGUAAGUGGCUGUUUAUAUCUAGCCGGUGCCAUGUUUGGGGGCAUAGACCAUAGACAUCAUAUAGGUAGACGCCGCCUCCACUGCUUCAGCCCGUUGCCUCGGCGAAACGCGUCGCCGCCAUAUUGGUACGGGAGCUCUCUGAAGCCAGAGGUCUGUCAGACGUGUCAAACAAGCGCAAGUUGCCAGGAGCUGCGGUUUAUCUGGAUAAAAAUCACGAUAACAUUUUACAUUUCGCAACCAAUUUCAUGGAGUAUUCAAGGGUUUAUGCUCUACGUGAAGUGUGUGAAAAACAUUUGCCUCUACGUUACUUUGAAUAUAUAUAUAUAUAUAUAUAUAUAUAUAUAUAU